AUGUGGAAGAGGAUUCUUAAGGUAGCAGCUCAGGCAAAUACCUCAAUUGAUUGUGAUUCUCUGUUACCAAACUAUCAGGCUGAACCACAGACAUCUGCACCACCAUAUCUUAUUGCUGUAUCUUUUGAUAACUUUGAGCCAGGAAAUGAAAUCCAAGUGACUCUAGAAGCACUUAAAGAUGUUGGUUUUAAAGGAUUUAAUCUACAAGCUCGAGAAAUAGAAGGAGAUGUUCCUGUUGGUACUUUUAAAAUUACAGAUCCAAACACUAAAGGCUUGGAAUGUCAUAACGUGACGAAUUCAGCAGUAAGUCAUGCAAAUUCAGAUGUGAAGCAGAAAGUUACAACAACAUGGAUUGCUCCCCGUGAUGUUAGAGAUCUUCAGUUUAUUGCAACUGUUGUUCAAGAUCUAGAGAAAUUUUGGGUUGGAAUUCAAAGCAAAACUCUCACAUCUACGCAUUCUGAGUCAGUCAAUGGGACAGGAAAAAGUAAAAGGAAGCUUAUGAUAGAAGUAGAAUGUAACAAGGUUGGACCUUCCGGUUCCUCUCAGAACAGCUAUUCAGGCAGUCAGAGUGCAUCCUCAUUGAGCGGUGGUCUUACCUAUGGCCAGUCUGUCCCUUCAAGCAGUUCAGAUUCCAGUAAGAAGGUAGUGGUCAUUGCCAACAGCAACCCUUUUCCACCUGUGCGUCAUACCUACCCCCAGAGUGGACAAAGACAGCAAAGCAGCAGUACUUAUGUUCAGGGUGGGCCAAGUUACUCGGGCAGCAGCAGUUCUUACGGCCAGGGCUACCAGCAACAAGGUGGCAGUUCCUAUGGCCAGGGUGGGCCAAGUUACUCGGGCAGCAGCAGUUCUUACGGCCAGGGCUACCAGCAACAAGGUGGCAGUUCCUAUGGCCAGGGCUACCAGCAACAAGGUGGCAGUUCCUAUGGCCAGGGUGGGCCAAGUUACUCGGGCAGCAGCAGUUCUUACGGCCAGGGCUACCAGCAACAAGGUGGCAGUUCCUAUGGCCAGGGUGGGCCAAGUUACUCGGGCAGCAGCAGUUCUUACGGCCAGGGCUACCAGCAACAAGGUAGCGGUUCCUAUGGCCAGGGUGGAUCUGCUUCUUCAGGUGGCAGUGGUGGUUGUGGACAAGGUAUUUCAUAUGAUAGCAAUCCCUGCCACCAGGAUGGAUCACAGGGUGGUCAGGGUGGAUCCUCGUCACAAAACUAUGGUGGUGGCCAAGGUGGAUCAUCCUCAGACAACUAUUAUGAUAGUCAGGAUUCACAAGAUUUCUCAGACGAUAAUCCCAAUGCUUGUGAUGAUAAUGACACUACCUAUAGUGCCAAUGGUCAGAGUUCUGGUUGUGCAAAGAAGAAAGUUGUUGCCCGAGAUACAUCACAUGUUUUGAGCAGAAGAGACUAUAACGUACAGGGUGGAUCAUUUAUUGCAACUGGUGGUGGAUCAAGUAGUCAGGGAGGGUCUUCCUUCUAUCCUGGUGGAUCUUACGGACAGGGAGGGUCUUCCUUCUAUCCUGGUGGAUCUUACGGACAGGGAGGGUCUUCUGUCUAUGACAGCAGCAGUGAAUCCUAUGGUCAGGGUGGAUCUUCGACAUAUAGUGGUGCUGGAUCUUCUACAUAUAGUGGUGCUGGAUCUUAUGGUCAGGAUUCACUUCCUAUAGGAGGCAGUGAAACUGAUGACAGUGAUUCCACCUCGUCAUCUGGCAGCCAGCAGAGUGAACGGGGAUCAUCUUCUCAAGGUGGUGGCUACUCCAGUGGACAGGGUUCAAAUUCUUCAGGAGGCAGCCAGUCUGGUGGACAGGGUAUAGCUUCUUCAGGAAGCAGCCAGUAUAGUGGACAGGGCUCAUCUUCUUCUGGAGGCAGCCAGUACAGUAGCCAAGAUUCAUAUUCCUCUGGACCUAGCCAGUAUGGUGGACAUGGGUCAUCUUCUUAUGGAGGCAGCCGUUAUGAUGGACAAGGUUCACCUCCCUCAGGAGGCAGCCAGCAUGGUGGACAGGGUUUACCUUCUUCAGGAGGCAGCCAGUACGGAGGACAGGGUAUAGCUUCUUCAGGAAGCAGCCAGUAUAGUGGACAGGGCUCUUUUGGAGGAAACAGCUACCAUGGUGUACAGGGUUCAUCGUAUUCUGGAGGCAGUCAGUAUGGUGGACAGGCAAGCAACUUUUCUUUGUUUUCAAGAUCUUCCUCCUACUUGCUAUUUAUUAAAUGA